UUGCUUUAUAAGGGAAUUUAUUUAUCUUAUGUUUGUUAUGAUAAUUUUAAGGCAUGGUUUCGCAUACAGUAACGUUUUGUUUUGGUGCCAGUGUUUUCUGUUUUGUGAUGUGCCCGAUACGAUGAGAAUAAAUUGGUGAUGAUGUCAUUGUAAUGUCGGGAAAAGAAUUAUUUACGCGGAGCCCUGUUCCAGAAAGAAAAAUAAGGUUUAGAUCAGCAGCGAAAGUUCUUUUUGACAAUGAAAACAGAGUAGAAGAUUUAUUUUUGCACGCAGAUUCGAAGGCGCUUCAGAAUGAAAAUUUUGUUUUGGAUUAUGAAAAACAGGAAGAGAAAAAAGGGACGCCGUCCCUGCUGAGGUUCCUGAACGUCGAGCUAACGCGGGGCUACAUGCUUGAGCAUGACGAAGAGCAGUACUCAGCGCGCAGGGAGAAGAUGUACACGUUCAUGAAGAUACCCGCGGAGGUGGAGAAGUUCAUGGUCUACGGCUUCUUCCAGUGUGCCGAUGCCUUCCUCUUUGUGUACACAUUUCUACCAAUGAGAUUCAUUUUGGCCUUCUGGGCUUUAAUUUGUCGCCCCAUCAUGGAUUGUUUUGGUUUGCAGAAGUCGAGACAGAAGAGCGUUCUGAAGCCGGCGGAAAUAUGCGACCUCCUGAAGGCGUGCAUCCUCAUAUCGUGCAGCAUGAUCAUGUCCUACGUGGACACUUCAAUGCUGUACCACUUGAUCAAGAGCCAGUCCGUCAUCAAGCUGUACAUCUUCUACAACAUGCUCGAGGUGGGGGACCGGCUGUUCUCCGCGUUCGGGCAGGACACGAUUGACGCGCUGUUCUGGACGGCAGCUGAGCCCCGGGGCAGGAAGCGGGACCACCUGGGAGUCAUCCCCCACCUCAUAUUCGCCAUCAUCUACGUCUUUCUGCACAGCCUCCUAGUGUUGUUCCAGGCCACCACGCUGAACGUGGCCAUCAACUCCAACAACAAAGCUUUGCUCACGAUCAUGAUGUCGAACAACUUUGUGGAGUUGAAAGGGAGUGUUUUCAAAAAAUUUGAUAAAAACAACCUGUUCCAAGUAUCGUGCAGUGAUGUGAGGGAACGUUUCCAUCUCUUCGUGUUGCUUUUCAUCGUCGUCCUCCAAACUAUGAAGGAGUACUCUUGGCGAGAAGAGAGGUUCUGGGUCCUGGUUCCUGACUGCAUCAUGGUGCUCGGGGCCGAAGUGCUAGUCGACUGGAUCAAGCACGCCUUCAUCACGCGGUUCAACGAGCUGCCGGUCGUCGUGUACAAGGACUUCACCACCAGCCUGGCCUACGACGUGGCGCAGACUCGACAGAAGAACGCGUUCUCGGACCACUCAGACCUGGUGGCCCGGCGGAUGGGGUUCAUCCCGCUGCCGCUGGGCGUGGUGAUGGUCAGGGUUCUCUCGCACGCCCUCCGCGUGGACAGCCCGGCCGCCGCCGUCCUGCUGGUGGCCGCCUACCUGUGCCUGGCGUCGUCCCGCGUGCUCGUCACCGUCGUGAUGCUGGGCCGGGCCUGCGACCUGGUCUCCCAGCACCAGGAGAGGUCCGGCGGGGGCGGCGGCCCCCCUGCUCCUCCGUCGUGGGUCCACCGCGCCACCAGCCCCAUCGGCAGCCCGCGCCCCCGCACCCCCCCGGCGCCGCUGGUACGCUCGGCGACCGUCGACUGCGCCACCCUCGCCCCGGGGACACCGCCCCCCGAGGUGACUGUGUCCGGGCCCCGGCCGGACCGCGGCCUCGGCCCGGCCGCCAUUUUCUCCAACAGCUCGGUGCGCCUGGACAGCGUGUGCCUCAACGAGGCCCUGCUCGACGAGGCGGAGGCGGAGACGGAGAUGGACUGCGUGACACGGAGCGUGCCAAACAUCGCCGCGGAAGACGCCUUCCGGCGGGACGGCGCGGCGCGGCCGGCCGACGAGCCGGCCAAGAAGAGGGCAGAGUCGGAGCCAUCCAUCCCGGUGGCGGUGGAGGCGGAGGUCGACGGCUCGUUUGCUCCUUGACCUGCGAGCAGCCUGCUCCUCGCGUGGCCUGCUGGAGGCUAGGAUUGAAGUGUGUGUUCUUAGGCGGGCCCAUGUUGUAUUACAAGAGGGAGGCAUUUCGGGUUGUGUAAUGUUGUAUUACAAGAGGGAGGCAUUUCGGGUUGUGUAGGUUCGAGCAGUGUUUUAAAAACUCUUUUCUUUUUUUCUCCACCUGUCAUCGUUGUUAAACAUUUUUUAUAACAAUAUAUAUAUAUAUUUUUUUUUCAGUACCUGGAGUUAAUAUCCCACCUAAGUUGUUGAAAUUCUGUAUGAAGGUUGAAAAAAUCAUAAUUACACAGAUGACUGGUAAGUUUGGAAUCAUAUACUAUUGUAAUUAAUGGGAUAAAUUUUUUUUUUCCCUGACUUUCAUCUGGUGUAGGUAGUUGUGUUUGUGCCUAUUUUAACUUGCGUUCAGAAUAAAUAUAUAUAUAUAUAAAAAAAGAAGUUUGGAUUUGAAACAAGUACCAAUGUUUUUUUUUUGUUUUGUUUUGAAGAGUGAUUUUGUAGUUUUAUUUGAAAAUUUUUGUGAAAUACUUUUGUAGCUCUGCCGUAUUUGCAUCGUUCAAGUCGAAAUGCUGAUCUAAGAUGACACUGCAGUAGUGAAGAGACUCUUGUGUACCCUUGUACGUAUGUAGUUACUGGCCUGAAGUUUGAUCAUUAUCAGUAAACCAACAUAUAACUGAAAAUAUUUUUAAAUUGUGAAUUUUGGUGCUGGUAUUAUUUUAUAUUGGUAAUUAGCACCUUUUAAGUUGUUGCGUAGACAGUGAAUUUAAUGUAUGCCUGAGAAGCAGUUUGCAUAAUGUUCAAAUCAAAAUAAGAACCAUACCAAAAUACAUUAACGGUGUAAAGAGGCUUAACUUUUUUUUAAGGUGCUGCUAGUGUGUAUAUAGUUUUUCCAAAUAUCUGCUCAAUAAUUAUUGUAUCAUUGUUGUUAUCAACAUGCUGUAUGAAGAAACAAAUGAUGAGUUUAAUUUUAUUUAGUAAUUUGCUUUAUUUGUACAAGUUUUGCAGCAAAAAGAUUUCUUCUCCGAAAGGUUUUUGGAUAUAAUGCAUGCAAACAUACAUAUUUAUUUGACAGCUUUUGUUCAUACUUAUUCUUAAAAACAUAUUUUGCAUCACUGUAUAAAGAUUUUUUUUUAGGUGGUUUUUAAAAUUUUGCACCACGUGUCUUACUAGUUGAAAUGUAAUUACUCAUAAGAUGUCAUUGAUUCUAAGACCUAUCUUGAUUCUGAUUUUUUUUUUGCGUACACGUAGAACAAUACAACUUCAAUUCAAGUUAUUGAUGGUACUAAUGCAGUAGUUCCUUGAAGUUUACUACCCAGUCUUCCGAUCAUGAUUUGUGUGCAGGAUGUACUUGUUGAGAUUGCAUUAUUUGGCUACUUUGUUCUUAAAUAAGAAGAGGUUUUUUGAUGUGUUAAGUGCCCUUUUUUUGUGUGAAAUAAACAGGAGCCUUGCUUGGACUUCGGCACACCUAAAAUUGUCAGCAUUUUAUCCUAAUGAAGUUCACUAUUUGUUCAUAUUUUUUUUGUACCUUGUCCUCAAAUUACCGUUACUAAAUUAUCUGCUCUAAAUUAUAAUUAUUCUGAUUGAAUUUGUCUACAAGUACCUAUAGUAAGUCAUUAUUGUAAGCCGCUCCCCAUUUACAAAUUUCAUAAAUAAAUGUGACAAAUGUAAGAUACUGUUGAUUUUAAACAUGCCCAUCUUCAAAGCUCAAAAAUUAAAAGUUGAUCUUAGAAUUAAAUAACUAGUACCUUUUUGUGAAAUAUCUCGUUGCCUAAUAGAAGGGUUGGAGGUGCAAAACAUAUAGCCGAGCUAUUAUUUUUUUUCUGUUACUUUUUACAGCUAAAUUACUCUUCAAAUCUUUCAAUGUAAAAUAAAACAUUGAAUCAAUUCUUCUAAACAAAAUCAGUUUCAAUAGUUUUUUUGUGUGUUUGCUGUUAGAAAUAAUAAUUUUUUAUUUAAAAAGUAUUACGUAUUUAUUUAACACAAACCAUCAAAUUCACAAAGGUAUCGGAUUAAGAAGUUGGCCAGGUAUAAUUUAAGAAACUACAGACUUUGCUCUCUAUUUUCUCAAAAUAUGUGUAAAAUAUAAAUAUAUAUUAUAUAGCUAACUUGCAUACCAUAUUUAUUUUGAAAGCGAACUAAGUGCUGUGAUAAAGAAAAUUCAUAAGUAUUGUAGUUCACUGUGAACUUUAGGCAGGAUAUGCAUUAAAAUAUACCAUUGUUAAGUUUUUAUAAAUAAUUAUAUUUUAAGUAAUUGAUACUUGUUGUCCAUGCCUAAGCAUUUCAGUCUUGUAUAGUUAUAUUUUGUUGUAUGUCAUUGGGAAGGAUUUUUUUUUAAAAAAAGGUUUGUUGUUUGAUUAUGAAUUUAUUAUUUAUUUUGCUUAUAUUAAAUGACUAGCAGUUGUAUCCCUUGUUGACACAUUAUAUUUUAACAUUGUAGCGAAGGAAUAACUGUGAGAUGGAUAACAAAUGCUAUAUUCAACAUGUCAAGUGCACUGGAAUUCUUAAACACAUAAUGUAAAUCCAACUUGUCAGUUUCAGGUACAAAUAACAGGAGGAUAAAAUUUUUAUGGUUAAGAAAUUUAAAAAAAAAACCUUGUGUUGGCAUCUGAUAUUUCGUAACAUUAUUUUCUAGGGAUGGGCAUGUCUAUUCUUCGAUUCCAUCUGGAAUAGGAACCGUCAAUUCCUAAGCAAUAGGAGGAAUUGUACUAUACAAAGAAUGUAUCAUAUUUAGAGUGGUCUAAAGAACUGUUGAUAAUUUGGAUGUGAAACAGAUUAUCAUAAAUUGAUUCUUGCCACAAUUGUGUAUUUUCCGACCAGUAAGCUGACAAAGUAAAAAUGCGGUCAAUUAUUUUAAGUUUAGAUUGUAACUGCAAUCACCUAUUUUUAUCCGUAACACCACUAACCAAAGUUAGAUUUCUGUACUUGCGGGGGAAACAUUGUAAACUCAUUCCAAUGUAACAGCUUUAUUUCAUAAAUACAACAUUAAUGUAAUUAAAUAAUAUCUUUCACUUCCAACAUCGAGCAAUCAUGACACCAUGUUGAAGUAAAUAAUGUAAUGCAGGCUGGCCAACCGUGUUAUGCCUAAAUUAUUUUUUUUCCAUAUCCUAAAGCUAAUUUUGUUACUUUUACGUAAAUAUAUUUCACUUAAAAGAAGUUAGUUAAAAAUUGGAUUAUGUUGGUUCCUAUGUGUAAACAAAUUUUUGUACAAAAUGCACUACGUGUUUUGAUGUUUCAUUUGCUGUUACCAAGAUAGCUUGCAUUAUUAUUAAUUCUAUUGUGGAUUUUAAUCACGAUAAACAGAAAAUAUCUCAUCAGUUAGUGUUUUAAUGUCAAUAUAAACAUUCACGGACAUAAAACAAUUGAAAUACAACAAUCAGCGCUCUUAAAGAUGAUGGCAGGAGAGAGGAAUUUUUUCAAGAACACAAAAUGAAGAACUUUCAUUAGUUUUAAUUAUAUAUUUUGCAAUACUUUCGCAAGCUUUUCAAAUGUAAAUUUUCAGAAAAUGUACAUACAUUUAGACUUAUUAAGUGUUAUAUUUUAGGCUAACCUUCUGCUUGAAUUUCCAUAAUUUCAUUCAUAAAGGAAGUAAAAAUUGGGAAUUAGAAUCUGAAACAAACCUGGAAUCGAGGGAAUGUGGAAUUGACCCAUCCCCAUCCCUAUUAUUUUUAUGUUUAGCAUUUUGACUAAAAGAUUUGUAUCACUUUAUUUUACUAAAGGAUUAAUGACUACUCAAAAUUGGUCUAAUGUUGUGAGUUGUACUAUAUUGUUCAUUUUAUGUUUUGUGUUUUUUUUUAUAAAUUCAUUUUUGGGAUAGUGGUGCAAUUUUUGUUUUGCCUGCUCCUCAAAGUUGCUGUGUUCUUAACUGUUCCAUGCAACAUCAUGUUUUAUUUCAGCCAUUUUAUAAAAAAAAAGUUUAUGUAAAAUAUCUUUCAAAAAUAUCUUUCAAGUCUGUUAUGUGAAACUACUAUGGUGAACCUUAUGUGUUGCGAGUGAUUGUUCUGGGUUAAAAAAAGAAGCCAUUAAAGAUUUCAGCUGCAAAAGCAGGGCUUCAAUGAAUACUGGAAAGAUCGGUGGUAAUGAGAGCCCAUUUAAUAAGGCAUUUGUUGUCCCCUAAGAAAUUAAAAACAUUUCUCUUUGAGAAGCAAGCAUAGCAUUAAAUAUUUAUUACUGUGUUUUGUCAACAUUAUAAUAUUUCAUUGCUGUCAAUGUGUUCACUAUGCAGUAACAUAUGACUUAAAAUAGUUGUAAUUCGUGAAUUUUAAAUGGAAAAAUUUAUUUUUGGGAUAAAUGUAAACUCCAUAUCUUUUUGUACGAACAUAAUAUGUAUUAAUCAUUUUCACCAUGUAGCAGUUUUGCGGGCCACUGCAGGAUAAAUUUUUGCCUAAAUGUGAACUAGUUUUGCCACAACAGCUGAAAAAUUUUUAAUGCGAUAAAUUUGUUGCCUUUGGAUAAAUUGAAUAUUUUUUACCUCAUAAAACUGUGUACAUUGAUCUCUGAAAUGUAUUUAUUAUUAAAUUGAUGAAAAUAUUCACUGAAUUUAUCAUUGCUUUGAUAUUUAAAAUAUAUACUUGACU